GGCGAAAGUAGUUCGGCCACAUAAAGCCAGUUGACGUCGCCAUUAGCGAUCUUUCCAGUCGCAUGCCGAGCAGCCAUACGUACCAUGUCUAACGAUUCUGCUGAUUACAACAGCGACCAUGUGGGGCCAGAUGGGAUGGAGCCAGAUGGUGUCAUCGAGAGUAAUUGGAACGACAUUACCGACAACUUUGAUGACAUGAACCUGAAGGAGACGCUCCUUCGGGGAAUUUACGCUUAUGGUUUUGAGAAGCCGUCGGCCAUUCAGCAGAGGGCUAUCAUCCCGUGCAUUAAAGGCUAUGAUGUGAUUGCCCAAGCCCAGUCAGGCACUGGCAAGACGGCCACAUUUGCCAUCUCUAUCUUGCAGCAGCUGGACAUAGAGCAGAAGGAGACUCAGGCUCUGGUCUUGGCUCCCACCCGAGAGCUGGCUCAGCAGAUUCAGAAGGUCAUCCUGGCUCUGGGCGACUACAUGGGGGCCACCUGCCACGCCUGCAUCGGAGGCACCAAUCUCCGCAGCGAGAUCCAGAAGCUUCAGGCCGAGGCGCCGCACAUAGUGGUGGGCACGCCGGGUCGGGUCUACGACAUGCUCAACAGGAGGCAUUUGUCUCCUAAAUGGAUCAAGAUGUUUGUUCUGGACGAAGCGGACGAGAUGUUGAGUCGAGGUUUCAAAGAUCAGAUCUACGAGAUCUUCCAGAAACUGAGUACAAACAUUCAGGUGGUCCUCCUGUCGGCCACCAUGCCAACGGACGUGCUGGAGGUGACCAAGAAAUUCAUGCGUGAUCCCAUCCGCAUUUUGGUGAAGAAAGAAGAGCUUACCCUGGAGGGUAUUAAGCAGUUCUACAUCAACGUGGAGCGGGAGGAGUGGAAGUUAGACACCCUGUGCGACCUCUACGAGACUCUGACCAUCACGCAGGCGGUCAUCUUUCUCAACACCCGAAGAAAAGUGGACUGGCUGACCGAGAAGAUGCACGCCAGGGACUUUACCGUUUCCGCUCUGCACGGAGAUAUGGACCAGAAGGAGCGCGACGUCAUUAUGAGGGAGUUUAGGUCUGGCUCCAGCAGAGUCUUGAUCACUACAGACUUGCUGGCUCGUGGUAUCGACGUGCAGCAAGUCUCCCUGGUCAUCAACUACGACCUCCCCACAAACCGAGAGAACUACAUUCACAGAAUCGGCCGCGGCGGUCGCUUCGGCAGAAAGGGAGUGGCCAUCAACUUUGUGACCGAAGAGGACAAGAGGAUCCUGCGCGACAUCGAGACGUUUUACAAUACCACGGUGGAGGAGAUGCCCAUGAACGUGGCUGACCUCAUUUGAGCCUCAUUUCUCAAAAAAUUACGCGGCGAUAGCCGACCGUACACUUGCAUUGUGCUUCUAUUGUUCCGCGGUGGAGACGUUCAAAUAAAAAAAAAAAAUUUAAACUUAUCGAUGCUAAAUUUUGCGAGGCGAUAUUAUCGACGCUAGUCCUUACGGGACGCUCGUCGAGCGAGAAUCUGCGACGGGAGCGCCAGUCGGAGCCAUGGGCUCCCUUCCGUUGGUCCUUUUCAGGCAUUUCUUUUCUCCCUCUUUUAUUCUAACGCGUAUAUUGGAUGUGCUCCACCGUUUAGUAACCUACUUGUGGACUAAAAGGUAUAAGUGCUGUAUAAAGUCAGCAAAUUGUGUUAUGCUAACAUGUGCGAUGUGUUGUAGGCCUGCUUAGUAGAGGGCACGCGUUAUGUAUUCUAUAGUACAUUUGUAUUUGCUUUUCUGUGAAUGAAUAUUUAAUUGUUUUGACCCAAACGGAGCAUCCCUUUGUUUGCCGUUGUCAUGUAUUAGCCUCCCUCCCCUGCACUACUUUUCAAAGCACCCCUCAAACUUAAGAAUGUCUUAAUAAAUGUAAAUUGCUUUAA